AAGCCUUCCCAAGCCUUUUCCAUCCAAACAACCCCUCAUCCUCCAUCUCCAACCCUCCAGCUCCAAAGAUACCCACUCACAACCACACCCAACAUGCGAUCCUCCAACGACCCCCUCCUCACAACCGAGGCCCAGCCCCUCCCCCCAGGCCAAAUCUACCUCUCUGACGAAGACUCCCCCCGCUCGUCCCUCGUCGCGCGCUACCGACGCUCAGCCCGCGACUUCCUCUCAUCCCGAUUCGGCCACUACCUCAUCCUGUUCCUCGUCUCGGUGGACGUCGCCUGCGUAUUUGCCGAUUUCCUCAUCGAGUUGCAUGUCUGUGAGCUGGAGAAGCGGUACUCGCAUGUUCCUGCGAUUUGGGGUGAGGCGCAGGAGGGUCUGGAGAUUGUGGGGCUGGUGUUUUCGUGUCUGUUUAUGGUGGAGUUGAUGGUUGCGGUGGCGAGUUUUGGGAUGAGUUACUUCUCCUCCAAAUUCCACAUCUUCGAUUCGCUCGUCAUCGUGGUGGCAUUCGCGAUUGAUGUGGCGCUGCGAGGCUUGGUCGAGGAACUGGGUUCCCUGGUCGUGGUGUUGCGGUUGUGGCGCGUGUUUAAGAUCAUUGAGGAGUUGGAGUCGGCGAGUGCGGAUUCCAUGGAGGAGUAUGAGCGCGAGAUUGAUCGGUUGCGGGAGGAGAAUGAGUACCUGCGGGAGAGGUUGGAGUUGGGGGAUGAGGAUGCUGAUUAGUUUGAUUUACUUUGUGGAUCGGCAGGUCACGUCGGGCGAGAGUAUGGGGGAGUGGGAUGUGUGGUGAGUUCUGAUGUAGUUGUGGAGAAAUGAGGGAUGGUUGAGUAUUGUGGCAGAGUAAAUAAGAGUAGAGUAUAUAGGGCUGGUGAAAGUUUAGAUAUACCAUUGUGGCGAACAAUUUUCUCUGUCUGCGGGCAUCCAUUUUCUCUAGUCUGCUAGUUUAUAUCUAAAACUAUUACUUCC